GCCACCGACGUCACCCACCUCGUUCGUCAGCACCUACUGCGGCGCGCACAUGCCGGGCGCCGACCUCCGGCUGGCCUCCCUCCUCGGCCUCGCCCCCUCCGUCCGCCGCACCAUGCUCUACCUCAACGGCUGCAACAUCGGCUCCACCGUGCUCCGCGUCGCCAAGGACAUCGCCGAGAACAACCGCGGCGCCCGCGUCCUCGUGGUCUGCGCCGAGCUCACUCUCAUCCUUCUCCGCGCCCCUGAGGACGAGGCCGACAAGGCCACGCUCAUCAUGCAGGCUCUGUUCGGUUACGGCGCGGGCGCCGUGAUCGUCGGCGCCGACGCGAACCGUGGCUCCGCCGAGCGCCCGCUCUUCGAGAUGGUGGCCGCGUCGCAGACCGUGAUACCGGGGUCUGAGCGCGCCGCGGCCGGACGGCUCAGCGAAGACGGGCUCCUCUUCCGCCCCGCCGUCGAGAUGACAACGCCGAUUCGCGAGAACGUCGAGCAGUGCCUGGUAGACGCGCUGCGAUCGCUCGGCCUGAGCGGUGGCUGGAACCGUCUCUUCUGGGCGGUGCAUCCAGGGGGCCGAGCAAUCUUGGACGGCGUGGAGGCGGUGCUCCGGCUGGACACGGAGAAGCUGGCGGCGAGCCGCCAUGUAUUGAGCGAGUACGGGAACAUGUCCGGGCCGACAGUGAUCUUUGUGCUCGACGAAAUACGGCGACGCCACGGAGAGCAUGGGGUUGGACGUGACGGCCUGGGUGUGCUACUGGGGCUCGGACCGGGAAUUUCCGUUGAGACCAUAGUGCUGCACGCCACUGGUAAUUACUAG